AGACCGUCUCGUUUGCUUUUCGCGUCCCGAGCUCGAAAUGCCAAGCUCGAAAUGCCGCCUCGAAAUGCGAUCCGAACAGGCGCGCGAGUGGGUUCUCCGCAUAUCCCAGCCGCAGCUUGAAUCUCGGCGUUGACUCCGGCUCGAGGCUUCCUGAUAUGAGAGAGCUAGCAUCACGAGCCUCGAAGGGCUGAGACUUUGUUGGGGACUGUAAGGCUCACAAAACAUCCCAUACUUCUACAACAGAGUGGGCAGGAACAAGCGUAGUAGACACAAUGGCGUUCGCUUUGAAGGGUGUUGCAUAUGUCACGGGCGCCGGGUCUGGCAUUGGCCAGUAUGCUACAUAUUCGCUCGCACGACAAGGCGUGCGUUCCUUCGCACUGCUCGACCGCAACCCUGUCACCCAGACAGUCUCCGAGCUGAAGAAAAACUACCCCGGUAUCUCCAUUAAAGAAAUCGAACUCGAUGUUGCGAACGAGAAAGCCGUCAACGACAGUGUUGAGCAGACGGUCAAAGAAUUCGGCCGGAUAGACUACGCGCUGAACAACGCAGGCAUUGGAGGCGCUCUCAAAACCACCGAUCACAUCGAUAAAGAGGACUUCGAGCGAGUGCUAUCUGUCAACACAACGGGCGUCUGGCUCUGCCAGCGGGCGCAGAUCCGCCAGAUGCUGAAGCAGGAGAAGCUCACGGACUCGUAUCGAUCAUACCGCGGCUCCAUCGUCAACACGGCGUCAAUGUACGGGAUCCUUGGUCCUUCACUAAAUGUGCCCUCCACCGCGUAUACCACAAGCAAGCACGCCGUGGUCGGCUUGACAAGGGCAGAUGCUGUUGCGUUUGGUCCCCGAGGCAUUAAGAUCAAUGCGCUCUGUCCUGGCUAUGUCGCGACUCCGCUCGUGCUGAGCAGCAUGAACAAGGGCAGUGUCAUGGACGAUGAGAGGGUGAAGGUACCCAUCCAACGGUUGGCGACGAUGGAGGAGAUUGGUGAUUGUGUUGCGUUCUUGCAUUCCGAGGCGAGCAGCUACGUGAUCGGGGCAGCGAUGGUGGCUGAUGGUGGCUUUACUAUUCAGUAGUAGUUUCCUGAAAUGCGAAGUGUUCAU